CGGGGGCCAUGGCGGCGGCCGAGGAGCGGAGGCCGGGGGACGCGGGCGAAGAAGAGGAGGAGGAGGAGGAGGAGCAGCUGGUUCUCGUGGAACUGUCAGGAAUUAUCGACUCAGACUUUCUCUCGAAAUGUGAAAAUAAAUGCAAGAUAUUGGGAAUUGACACUGAGCGGCCCAUUCUGCAGGUGGACAGCUAUGUCUUUGCUGGGGAAUAUGAAGACACUCUUGGGACCUGUGUUAUAUUUGAAGAAAAUGUUGAACACGUGGAUACAGAAGGCAGUAAUAAAACAGUGCUAAAAUAUAAAUGCCACACGAUGAAGAAACUCAGCAUGACAAGAACUCUUUUGACAGAAAAGAAGGAAGGAGAAGAAAACAUAGGUGGGGUGGAAUGGCUGCAAAUCAAAGAUAAUGAUUUCUCCUACAGACCCAACACGAUCUGUAGCUUUCUACAUGAAAAUGAAGAUGAAGAAGUAGUAACUGCAGCCCCAGAUAAAUCUUCAGAGUUGGAAGAGGACGAGGUGAAAGACAGUUCCCACCUGAGUUGUGAGCAGGAGAAAGCACUGCACUCAGAAAUGGAGGAUUCUGGUCUGCUUGACAUCCCCUCUGAGACAGAAGGUUCUAUUUUUAUGGAAAUUCAAGAUGCAGCCUUAGAAAUCAUUCCUGAAGGAAAUGUUUGUCACGACAGCUAGUCAUGGACGUUUUGGUUCUUAUAUAAAACCAACAGCGGCGUGGCUUUCGGUGGCU